AUGAGUUCAGGAUAUGGCAUGCAUGGCGGCGUCGGCCGUUGCUUUCCUUUCUGGCAGGAGGUCAUGGCCUGCUAUGUCGUCAACACAUCCGCCGCAGACGACUCAGGCAAGAAGAAGUGCUCGCCCGUCCUAGAGGAUUACUACGAGUGCCUACACCACAAGAAGGAGCAUGCGAGAGCGCUGGCUUUACAAGCCGCAUAUGCCCGAGCUCAAUCAGCAACCGCACGAGACGAUGCGCCGAGUGCGAGCCAGAUCCGGAAUCUGGGGCUGCUAGGGAAGACGGAGGACACAAAAGCGGUGCUUGGACAGGGAAAUUGA